CUGUUUUUCAGUUUCCAGCGGGUUUUUUGGAGGCCAGUGGCAUGAAAUCCAUCCUCAGUACUGGACCAAGUACCAGGUGUGGGAGUGGCUCCAGCACCUCCUGGACACCAACCAGCUGGACGCCAGCUGCAUCCCUUUCCAGGAGUUCGAUGUCAAUGGCGAGCACCUCUGCAGCAUGAGUCUGCAGGAGUUCACACGGGCGGCGGGGACGGCGGGUCAGCUUCUCUACAGCAACCUGCAGCAUCUCAAGUGGAAUGGCCAGUGCAGCAGCGACCUGUUCCAGUCCACACACAAUGUCAUUGUCAAGACAGAACAAACUGACCCUUCCAUCAUGAACACAUGGAAAGAAGAAAACUAUUUAUAUGGCACCAACUAUGGUAGCACAGUAGAUCUGUUGGACAGCAAGACGUUCUGUCGGGCCCAGAUCUCCAUGACAAGCACGGGUCACCUUCCUGUCGAGUCACCUGAGAUGAAAAAAGAGCAAGACCACCCUGCAAAGUCCCACACCAAAAAGCACAAUCCACGAGGGACUCACUUAUGGGAAUUCAUUCGUGAUAUCCUCCUGAACCCAGACAAGAACCCAGGGUUAAUCAAGUGGGAAGACCGAUCUGAGGGCAUCUUCAGGUUCUUGAAAUCAGAGGCUGUGGCCCAGCUAUGGGGCAAAAAGAAGAACAACAGCAGCAUGACCUAUGAAAAACUCAGCCGAGCGAUGAGAUAUUACUACAAAAGAGAAAUUCUGGAACGUGUAGACGGACGAAGGCUGGUAUAUAAAUUUGGGAAGAACGCACGUGGAUGGCGAGAAAAUGAAAACUGAACCUGCCAACACUUUGAACACAAACCCAAACAUUCCCCAAAUGAUAGCAAGCCAAGAGCUCCUGGACAUAAGUAUUCCAAAGACUACUUUUCUCUGAUAUUUAUGUACCUUGAGGGGGAAAAACAUCCACUUCUAAUCGGAAGAAGGAACACUACAGUUGAUAAAAUUAUUUUGUUACUUUGAAGUAUGUCCUAUAUGGGGAACAAACGUACACAGUUUUCUGUGAAAUAUGAUGCUGUAUGUGGUCGUGAUUUGUUUUUGCCGCUAUUGUGAAGUUCCUUUCCACUGCAAGAAGAGCAGGAUUUGUAGCCUUGUGCUUCUUGCUAAGAGAAAGAAAAAAAAUUAGAGGGCAUUAAAUGUUUUUAUAUGCAAAAUGAUUAGGAGAAGGUGAUGUGUCCUCUGCACAUGAGCAUCCAUGUGGCCUCAUCAGGAGAGGCGGGUGGGGUUGCUAGGAUGAACUCCAAGGUCUCAGGUUGACAGGAUGAACCCAAGGAUGCUGGGAAGUUUAACUUGACCUUUAGGAGCCAGUGAGUGGAGCAUGAAGACUUCCAAAAUCCAAGUGGACUAUAAUCACUGAGUAAUCACAUGACUUGCAAUGCUUAAAUCAGCAAGAAUAAUGGUGAAGGCUUUCUACUCAUUCAAGAAUGAUUUACCUGAUGCCAACGCUGUCUCUCUCCCACCCUCUUCGAUGACUGGGGAAAAAAUCUUCAAAUGCCAUCUCUGCUCACUUCUAGGUAUUUAAGAGAGGCUCUAACCUUGCUUGUUUUUAAUCCCAAUUGUUCGAAAAUAAAUGGGAAAAAGGAGGUGGUGAUGAGUUUGCUUUUGUAUUCCUAUAGCCCAUCAAUUCUCGAUUAGCAAAAUGGACAUUUUGGGCUGAGUAAUUCUUUGUUGUGCAUUAUUUGGCUGUCUUGUGCAUUGUGGGAUGUUUAGCAGUAUCUGUGACCUUUACCCACUGGAGGCCAGUUGCACUCUUAUCCCUAAAGUUGUGACAUUUUCAGACAUUGCCAGAUUUCCCUUGAGGGGCAAAAUUGUCCUUGAUUGAGAACCACUGAUGUAGUCUGCCGAGAUGAAGAUGGUGAUUUACUCUCAGAACAAAAAUAUGCAUAGAUCUUUCAUUCCCUAGAGUGAAGUAAAAGCAAGACUCCAAAGUCAACCAAUUUUUAAGUUCUAAAAUAUUAGGGACAAUGGGAAUAUUAGAAAUGGGAAAUCUAGAGGUUCCAAACCCCAGAUGAGAGCCAAAGUCAGAUAAAUUAAACACAGUAAUAGCAAGAAUUAUAAUAGAAGACAUUUCACUAGAAUGACAAAGCAGAGUAAAAAUUACAUUGCAAAAGGAAAUGCUGAGAGAAGAAUUGGGUGGGGGGAGUGGAGAGAGAGAGAGAGAGAGAGAGAUCCAGGGAAAAUCUUUCCUCUUUUGGAUAAUCUCUUUCCCGUCUUAUCUGGACUCCUCCCAAAGUGAAUGGUGUGUUGCCUAGAUUUGUGUCUACAGGAUUUUUUUUUUUUUUUUAAAGACAGAGAAAAGAAAGGUAGAUGGAAGAGAAACAGAAAGCCCAGCUCAGGAGCUACGGUCAGUAAGACGUUGGGGAUUUCUUCAGUGGAAUUGUUCUGGGGUGUUCUGGUGUCACUGGGGCCUGAAGCCUGGGAGGAGCAUGAGACUGUAGACACUUUGAAAAUGGGUUAGAACACCUAGAUCCCUUUUGCACCUUUUCUUUCUGGCUCCCCAUGUCCUUGGCUUUCUCCUCCCUUUUGCCUCUCUAUCUGGAGCCAUAAUAUGGGAAGGGAGACAGCUAAUCUCAUCAACGAAUGGAGCACCUACCACUGUGUCUUACCCAACGAAGGUGAGCAAUUCAUAGUCAGAGGUUGCAAAGUAUUUGUAAUGUAUUCAGAAGGUUGGAAGUAAGAAUUAAGAAUUUGUCCUGAUUAUGAGAGCCAUUAUGGAUGGUAACCUUGGAAUGGCAGCUUAGUGAGAUGAUCUUCUGAAGGUACAACCAAGUCCAUUUGUAUUUCUGCCUGGCUUGGUCACCUCCACAGAGGUGUUAUUUGGUGUUGUCAAGUAACAGUUACUGAGGGAACUGAGAGAAAUAACAAUGAGCAACACAGACCUAAAGCAUGCUGCAUAAAAAGACACACCUUGCUUUCCCAGCAUUUUACUAUGUUUCACUCAGAACAAAUUAAACAUCCAAAUAUCUGAAUUGGUGUAAACGUAUGAAUGUUUGUGUGUCUGUGAGCAUCUGAAUCGUGUGGAGUUAUUAGGGACGUCUGCUAAUUCGCUCUCUGCUCUUUCUUCCCUGGCUUUGCCUGUUCAUCACCCAGGGGGCCUAGAUCCUUCCCUGAGCUCACCCUUCUUAAACCUGCAAGUUUCUCACAUUCCUCCAAUUUGGCCUUGGCUCUUUCUGCACCCUCCCCAUCGAUGAGCAAUUUCUACUAGGUAGUAAGUAAAUCUGGGGAGUACCGAUUGGAACAGUUCUGCAGAUAAUUAACAGAUUGUGCUAUUUGUUGAAAGUGACGGUUUCUUGGCACCCAGUUCCUGCUUAAAUAGGCUGGAGUAUUAAGUUCUCAGCAUAUCUCUCUAUUGUCUUGGCUUGAGUUGAUGCAUUUUCUAUGUGCUGUUCGUGACUUGGAGAACUCAAGGUAAUUGAGCCAUGCCAACUUGGGGUGUGAACAGAAUACUUCCCACCACAGUGUUGCAAGGGAGAGCAAAAUCCCAGAGAUAAGCCAGCAUCAGGUGAAGCGUCCCCCCCGCCCCCCGCCCCGCCCCACCCAGUCUCUUGGGGACUCACAGCUUCUCACUCAAGAAGCUUAUCUGUGUUGGAUGCUCACAAUGUCCCUAAACCUGGUCUCCUUGAGCUCUCAAGGCUUAGGCUCUAAUUUGCCAUUUUCAUGGGAAUCUGAGGCAGGAAAUGUGUUGCUAAGACUUCACCAGAUGCACAUAAUCUGAGUCUCCUGGAUAUGUGACUUGAUGAAAUUUGAGCAAGGUCCUGGAUCCCAGAGACAUACAUCCACAGCUUCUUGAACUUGCCUUCUGAACAGGGCAGACCCACGUGAUGAGUUUUCCUUUGAACAUGCUGGUCCUUCCUCAAAGUUCUUGCCUUGCUAGACUGUAAGCUCUUGGAGGGCAGGGACUAUAUCUUAUCCAUAUUGUUUCCCAGCACCUAGCAUGGGCUAGGUCCUUGAUAAAUAUGUGUUGACUUAAUGAAUGAAUGUCUUCUGGAAGACUUCUCCAUAUCCAUAAUCGGGAUGUGAAUCAUUUCUUCACCAGAAUAAGAGCACAAUGGCCAAAACUUCAAGAACAUAUUAUGGGUUAGAUGAACAUUCUACUGCGAGACUUUUUACUUUGCCUUCCUACUUGUCCUAAAAUGAAACCAAACAGACAGGUUGUUUGGUUCCACAAGUCAAGAUAUAUUGGAUGAGAAUUCUGUUGCCUUAUUAGGAGCUGUGAGACUUAUCUGGUACGAGAAGCCAGUAAUGGACCUUUAAACUGUUUCAACCAAUGAAGAUUAUGAAUGUGUUUAUAUGAUGUACAUUGCUAUUUAAGUGUAAAGCAGUUCUAAGUUUUAGUAUUUGGGCGUUGGUUUAUAUAUAUAUUUUUGUCUUUUUGAAAAAAGGGAUCUUUUGAUAAGGUUAGUCAUGCAUGUUAGAUCUUAAUUUUGCAAGUGUGUUGUCUUUCAAAUCUAUAAAAUAGAGGAAAAGGUAAAAUAGUAAGAGGGAAAGGCAAUUAUCUUAUUCUUUUAUUGUUAAAAAAAGCAUUUUUUUCAUGGAGCCAUCUAUGUGAGGAGCUUCUUUAAUUCUACAGAAUGUAAGAGAUGUUCCACAUGACCCUAUUGCAUGGAUACAUGCGGUGUGAAAGAAGGAACAGCACAGCAAUCACAAUAUCAGAGCUGAAUUAACUUCAGCAUUGGUUCUCAGGAUGCCUUUUCUGGAAUAGGAGAUAGAGCACUUAAUAAAAACCCAUCAAGACUGUGCCUUAUGAACCACUGAAAUGUAUAAGCCCUCACAAGUUUAGCUUAAUUGGGAUUAAUCUUUCUGUAGCAAUCUGCAUAAUUCUUGCUUUUCUCCCCAUUUGGCUUCUGGGUUGACAAUUUGUGGGAAACAAUCCUACUGCCGCUAUUUUUUUUUUUUUAAAUCAGAAAUCUUGCCCUUUAAACUAUGUGAAAUUCAAACUGAGUAUUUUUAUUUUAUGAAAGAAUUAUAUUUUUCAAAGUAUGGGGUUUUUUUUGUUGUUGUUGUUUGAUGGGUCCCAGAAAACACUAAUAAAAACCAGAGA